AUGUUUCUGCCCCAUAAGAAUGGUGACUCUGGAUUCAACCAUGAAGACUUUGACUAUCAGUUUGUGGAUCUUGGACUGGUAUAUCAGCUUAAAAAUGGAGCUGAUGUGGAAUAUCAUCCCCUAUGUCAAGCUGCCAGAGGUGCUCUCCUCAAUGUUUACAAAUCAAUGCCACUUCCUGGAAGUGCAAUUAAUAUUAAGGCCAUUAAGGGGGUGACCCAAGAGGAAGUAAUUCUUGAUGCAACUGACCUUGCUGGUGAGCCAACAGUACCAGUGAUUAUCAGGUCAAAACAUUUCAAGAUGCUCCAAGAACCUCCUUCCCAGACCAAAGAUAAUGUCCUGCUGCAAUGUACGACAUAUGGUGCUAGCCCACUUGCUGUCAAGCCUAACACUUUUUACUCGUCUAAAUCCUGCUUUAGUGGUUUCAUGUCAUCAGCCGGCUGCACAAGUGUUAGGACUUCGACUCGAAGGAGGAGGCGUCCUCCUCAGAUCACGCCAAACUGUGUGAAAAAUCUUACAGCUAAGGUCUAUUGGCAAACCACUCUUGUGACCAAGUAUGAACCCCUUGGCUUUGCACGGGCACUGAUCGAAGAAGACCCAUAUGUCACUAAUACCGUCGAAAAGAUCAAACGUGCUUAUCUGCGGAAUUUGAAGGAGUUGACAGGGGGCUUGUCAUAUAAAGCGGAUCGAGACUGUUGCUGGAACUGCUACAAGAGCCAAAAGGCACCCCGUCUCGGCUUUGUCCUCGCGGGGGUCAUUGGGAGAGUCCUGUCCACUGUUUCUUUGCUGUAUAUACGCAUCCCGCGACAUCCAUACAUCGGAUCACGUAGGCACCCUGUCUCGGCUUUGUCCUCGCGGGGGUCAUUGGGAGAGCAACUAACUGGAUUGUUUUUCCCUUUUUAUUCUGGUUAUGACUGCCUUAAUAUGGGCCUGGAGGUCAAUCCAGCAGUUUGGAAAAAAUUGCAAGAUUGGCAUCAAUCACCAGAAUGUCGUGAAUAUAUAGACACAACACGAAGUCAGAUUCGAUUGGAAGCCAUAUCUGCAAAACAUGCAGAGUCUCUGGCUGUAAGGCAGGCUGGUACAGCAUUGAAACAGAAAGCAAAUGUCUAUAUCCCAGCUGAUGAUGAUGAACUGUCAGAUGUGGAUUUGUCCAACAAGGAAUUGACUCAACCCAAAAAACCUCAAAGAGAAAUUUCCACUGAUGCAAUUGUCACAAACUGGGUUCAAGAGCAGGGGAGAUCAAUGGAUACAGUGGCAUCUAUGGAGAAUCCUGUAACCCAUGCACAUGAAGGUCUUAUGCUGGUUAAUAUUAAUAUGGUCAAUGAUAGCACCCCUUUUUCUGAGCCUGGAGGUGGAGCACAGGAUCAGGAGGCUAAAUAUAAAGUAGAUGUUAAUGCUCUUCAAGAACCUGAUGUUAGUAAAUUUUCCUCCACCCAGCUGAUGACAAGCAAAAACUGGAAAAAAGUAAUGGGCAAGGUUGAAUGCUACCGUCAAAUGCUAGCAAAAAAGCACUGUCUUCAUGAUCCUCUCUAUUACUACAUUGUUGACCAUUCUGGCCAACAUGGUCCUACCAUGAGCUUAUUGCAUAAGUAUCUCCCAGCAAUGAGAGGCUCUUUGGCAAAAGAGGCAAGGUUUACUUUGCCAACCAUGUCAGAUGGUCAAGCACACCUUUUUAACCAACUGUUUGUGGCCAAGCAUCCAGAUGAUAUCUCUGUGAAAACAGAUGAGGAACGUCGCAUCCGGGACCUUGUCACAAGCAUAGUCAAAGCUAUUAGCAUGCCUGGAAAGGACAAUAUUGGAAAGAUGGAGCACACAAUGCGUAAUGUUGUCCCUUUUUUGGAUGCAACAAUAGGAUGUGAUGAGGAGUGCCGAGUUCAUUAUGGUGAGCAGACCCUUGAACCAACUGCUGUCCAGCAUGACAUAGGCUGCAAUCCAAUUAAUCGUGCACAAUGUGGGUACAAAGUUGAUAUUAUUGUUGAGUAUCAGCAGCUUAACUGGUUACCAGUUGUUGCCUGUGGAGAAGUUUCUGGUGGUUUACCACAGUGUUCACAUUGCAAAGAGUGGCUUGACACACUUAAGCUUGGUCUGGAGCUCCGUGAUGUGUGGAUUAUGGCACAGACAGAACUAGUCAUUGCUGAUGCUUACAACUUGGUUGUUUGGGGUUUCACAGUAGUUGGCCGGAAACUCCGCAUCUAUGCACUUGCUGCUGUGGAGCAGCUUUUUCACCUGGUGUUGGUGGAGGAGGCAUCUCUUCCAUCAUCCCACCAUGAUCUCAUAAACACUGAGCAUGUUUAUCUCACAAUGGUGGGCUUUGGUAAGAAGGUGGAGAUAACAAAAAGGAUGCUAGACAAUUGGAACCAGCAAAGGGUUGCUGCUAGGAGGGAGAGGGAAAGAACACCAGAACAAAGACCAAAGGUUCCCAAGAUUGUGUCACCAAUAACAAACAUGCAUUAA